AUGCAUGUUAGAGGCAUUCCGUUGGACGUAAAUGUUCUGUGUAGCUCUUUAGCUGCUUCAUCUUCGAUCAAGAUGCUGAGAUUUGAAGCUCAGUUGUGGAGUGAGGGACCUGAAUUGGUGCAGAGGAUGCAAAUGUAUGGGUUGGAUUAUGAUCACUUCACAUUGUCAGCAUUGCUGCGUGUAUGCACUGGACUAGCAGCAAUUGAAUUGGGUAGUCAAGUGCAUGCUAAUAUGAUCUGUAGAACUUCAUAUUUGGAAAGGGAUGUGUUUCUACAGAGUUCACUGGUUGAGAUGUACGGGAGAUGUGGGCUAGUUGAGAAAGCACGACAUCUGUUUGAUUUGGUUGGGAUUAGACAAGAAGGAAAUGAAGAGGGAAAAAGAGAUGUUUUUCUGUGGACUCCAUAUGGUAAAAAUGGGCGGUUUUGUGGUUGGUUGGAACCUGGUCCAAAGCAUUAUAGUCCUGUAGUUGACUUGCUUUGCAGGGCAAGCGAAUUAGAGAUGGCAUGGAAUUUAGCAAGUAAGAAUGCUAGUAAUAUCAUUUCUUUGUGGGUGGCAUUGCUUAGUGCUUGCAACAAUUUUGGGAACAUUGAACUGGGCAACUUGGUUGCUCAAAAGGCGCUUGAAUUAGAUCCUCAAAAUUCUGGAAUUUAUGUUUUGUUGUCCAAUCUGUAUGCUAGGUUUGGCAUAUGGAAUGAGAUUGAGAAAUUGAGGGAGUUGAUGAAGGAAAAAAGGAUUGAACAAAAAUGUAGGAUGCAGUAG